GCCUCAGCCUCGAACUUGGAGUGGACUGGUUGGGCUGGUUUGAGGCAGCCUAAGAGGCCUGACUCUAAAUUGCUAUGGCUGAGCUCAUGAGCUGGCUUUAUGUUUUUGUCUCUUUUGGGAUCCUAUUCUGGAGCUCCUGUGCCCCUCACAGGGGUUCUGUUGAAGGGUCCUGUCUGCCCUCUACCUGGCUCUGGGUCCCAUCUCUUCUAUAGUAAUCAACAUUUCCCUUCCCAGCUUAUCAUGCUGCUUACUCCAUCAGGUGAGGUCCCAUCAUGAAGCUCAGGGUGCCUCAUGUAAUGUGUUGCAGCCGACAGUUCCGAUCCCUCGUUUCCGUGCUGUUCUCGUCAUUGUCCAGACUUAGAGCACUCUCAUCACCUCAGAAGCACUCUGUGUCCAGGCUUCUCCUGCCAUGGGCACUUUAUUCCUAUAAGUCUGCCAUUUCUGGGAAUUUCCUAAAAUGGAAUCGCACUGUACAUUCCUUUGCAUCUGAUUUCUUCCACUAGCAUAACAUUUUUGAGGUUGCUGUGGCUUGUGCUAUCAUCUCGUUUCUUUUCAUAGCUGAGUAGUAGCGAGCUGUGUGGCUAGGUCACACUGCCUUGGCAUUCACUGGAGACAGACUCUGACCUGGUUCCAGCAUUUGCUGUUAGGAGUGAUGCUGCAUUGGGCAUCCUCUGUGUGUCUGGGAUGUGCUCAUUCCUUGCAGCAGAUGCUGGGAACCAGUCAGGCAGCUGCCAAGUUAUGUUCUGAAGCCACUGUGCCGUUUGCUCUCUCACCAGCAGAGCAUGACGGUUUCAGCACAGUCCCCGGUCACUUGGUGUAGUCUGGUUUGGUUUGGUUUUUGUUGUUCUGAUUCUGGCCAUCCUAUUGGGUAUGAAGUUGUGUCUUUGUGGCUUUGCUUUGUGUUUCCCUAGGGGCUUUCCCCUUAUUUACUCUGUGUGUGUGUGUGCGUGCGUGCGUGCGUGCGUGCGUGUGUGUGUGUGUGUCUGUGUGUCUGUGUGUCUGUGUGUCUGUGUGUCUGUGUCUGUGUGUCCCCGCCCAUGGAGGCCCAUGGAAUUGGAUCCCUGGAGCUAGAGUUUGAAUGGGCGCUCGUCCUCUGGCAGUGGUACAUGCUUUUAACCUCCGGGCAUCUUUCCAGCCCCUCUAGGGUGGGUUUUUCUCAUCUGCCCCAGACUCACCAUGUCCUGAGUCAAGUAUGUCACUCUCCCCCCAGACCUUUUCUGUCUCUCUGUCCCUUCCCUGAUGACCAUCUUUCAGUACCUUGUCGCAAACAGCUUGGUCUAGUCUGGCUGCUUUCACUUGCUCCGUAGGAGUUUUUUUGUGGGCUCUGCUCUUGCUGUCUCCCAGCCCGUUCCCCUUCAGUACUUCACCUCACAGCACCCAACCUCUGGUAACUGCAGCCAGCUUCCAUUUCGUGCCUAGAACUCUCCUCUUUCCUGCUGAGAAGCUGCCGGUGGCCUUUGGAGUUCUGGGUGGUGACAGAUGCUCUCUGGAGCCUGUACACCUGAGUGGUCCAGGAGAAUAACCAGACCUGACAUUCAAGGGGGUCUGGGUGAUGCUGCUGCUGUAUAGAAUAAGCAAAUGCACCAGAGCAUGACCUUUAUGUGCCUCAGUUUCCCUCCAUAGAAAAUGGGAAAGAUUAAGAGGACUCUCUUGAGAUAGUGGAAAGGGGAGUUAAAAGGACUCUCUUGGGAUAGUGGAAAGGGGAGAUGAGUUAGAGGAGUCCAGCACAUGGCUCUUGAUGGACACAUUGUGGGAUCAGUUGUGAUGGCACACUAUGGUAUCUAGCUUCUUCAUCAGCCUUCAUCUUCCUUUGGAAUGCAUCUUCUGGGCCUGCGAGCACGGGGUACAUCCUGGGGUGGCUGUACAGGUGGGACCCAGUGAUCUGCAAGGGGAGGAUGGCCAGGCGGGGAUACGGCCCAGUGCUGCCAGAAGAGCCAUGGAUGCAGAAUUCAUACAGCUGUUGGACAUUGGCAGGUUAUGUCACCAGCAGAGGUGGCACCGGAGCUCCCUGAGGCCUGGAGACUAUGUACAAGAGGAAUGGUCUGAUGGCUAGCGUGCUGGUCACCUCUGCCACUCCACAGGGCAGCAGCAGCUCAGACUCUCUGGAGGGCCAGAGCUGCGACUAUGCCAGCAAGAGCUACGACGCUGUCGUCUUUGACGUUCUGAAAGUGACUCCUGAGGAGUUUGCC